AUGCAGCUCGCGUCUCUUCGCCCGCCAUGCUCGGCACGCAAGCUGCGCGAGGAGCCAUGGCAGGCUUCCUUGCAAAGCUUGGAAGACCGGCUUCGGCAGAAAUCGCAUCUUCAUGUGCGGAGCUUGGACAAGGCUCUGGCCGUUCUGGGUCGAUCCGCUCAGUGGCAGCGGGUACUCGACGUUCUCUGGUCCAUGCCGGCUUGGAGGCUGCUACCAGACCUUCUUUCCUACAGCCAUGGCAUCAGCGCCGCCGAGAAGGCCGGGCAGUGGGAAGUGGCUCUCCAGCUCCACGCCGAAGUCUUUGAAGCGCAGCUGCAGGCCGAUGUCGUCAGCGUCAGCUCCUGUAUCAGCGCUUUGGCGCGAGGCGGCGAAUGGCAGAGAGCACUCCAACUACUCUCCGAGAUGCCAGAAAUGGCAGUUGAGGCAAACAUCGUCAGUUUCAACGCCGCGAUCACGGCUUGUGAGAAGAGCUCCCGCUGGCAAAAGGCAUGUCAGUUGCUGGAGGAACUGGGAAGUAUGCAGGUCGAGCCCACACGCAUUACCUGCAACGCUGUGCUCAGCGCCUGUGAGAAAGCAGGCGUUUGGGAGGAGGCGCUCCAGUUGUUUUGGGAACUGCCAUCGAUGACUAUCGAGAGCGAUGCCAUCAGCUACAAUGCCAGCAUGAGCGUUUCUCUGCAGUCCAGCUAG